AUGGAGUCGCACUCGGUUUCAUUGAAACACAAGCCCGGCGCCGCCCUGCGCGUUUCGACUUACUUUCCCGGCGGGGCCCAAGGACCCCUUUCCAACGCCCUCGUCGUCUUCCUCAACGGUCUCGGCCUCCCACGCGCAGCCUGGUCCGACGCAGUGGGCCGACUGCUCGAGCUGCGCAAAGUGGCCGGCCAGCCAACGCCGGCACUCUUCUGUUACGACCGCUACGGCCAAGGCGAGUCGGAGCCGGACCCGACCGACCCGCCCGGGACGCCGUACGGGCACGACGCACGUGCCGUCAUCGCCGACCUGCAUGAACUCCUCAACCAUGUGGCCGACAACGAGCUGAGGACGCCACUAGCCGAGACCCGCCUCGUGUUCGUCUGCAACUCGAUCGGGUGCGCGCUGGCGCGCCUGUACGCGGCCGAGCACCCAGGGCGCGUCGAGGCCUUCUUGUUCCUGGAUCCCAUGGUGGCCAACUCGGACUUCGUCUCGCUUAUUCCGGACCCGGACGCCCCCGGCUUCGACUCGAGCCGGCUCCCCGCCCAUGUCUCGGUCGACGACUUGCGAUACGCGCGAGCCAUGGUGGCCAAGACCUUCCUGCCCACUGUGCCGAAUGGGGAGCGUUUUGACCGGCGAAGACUCGCCGACUUGCUUCCCGGCGCCGACAAACCCAUCUUGCCCGACGGGCCAGGUGGGAAGACGCCGCGUCUCGUCGUUGCCGGCCAUGACUGGGACGAGUUUGCCGAGCAAUGCAAGACGGGACCUAUGGCACUGCCCAUACCUGUCGUGAAUGCCUACGUAAACCCUGCGUGGGGCGAAUACAAUGAAGGCCUGACCCGUCUUGUCCAACACGAGUCUAGGCCUGGCGGGCAACUGAAAAUCGCCAAGGGAUGUGGUCACUUUAUCCAAAAGGACGACCCCCAGUUUGUGGCAAUCGAGAUCGAUGGCUUGCUGAAAGAGCUGGCCCGAUGA